AUGCCUGACUUUCGCCCCCUCUUCUUCAUCGCCAAGGUCUUGACCUGCUGUUGCUGCUGCAGUCGUCGCAAGCCCGAGAAUGCUCGAGCUGCCGAUCGCCCUUACGGCACUAGUCAUGGCCAGCGAACGGGGAGCAGUAGUGAGAACGUUUCUGACUACUCUGAAUAUUCGGUACCCCCGGCAUAUCCAGGUGGCCCUAUGAACCUCAUUCAUCCUGAUGAAUUUGAGCACCCUGACGAGUUGGACGAAAAAUCCAGAUCUCUUGUACCUUGCCCUCCAACCCCUCGACCAUCCUCGUCUGUUGAUUCUGAGGUUGGUACUACUAGGCCUAGUACUGCUAAGCCCGAUACUAUGAGGCCUAGUACUACGAAGUCUACUAAUACCAAGACUAUUUCUGAUGAACCCGUUGCUAGUCCAUCUGUUAUAGUUGAGAUUACUGCUACCGACUCCGUUACCGAAAUGCUUCUUGCUGAUGAACCCAGUGUUACAAAGCUUGCUGGUCCGGUGCCUAUUAGAGAUGAGCCUACUGCAACCAAGUCUGUUUCCACUGAGCCCGAGCCCGAAGCCGAGCCUGUUGAGGCUGGUCCUACAGAUACUAAGACCGAUCGACCUAACUUUGUUAAUGUCGACCUGGCGGAAGCUGGUCCUCUCAAGUCUGAUAUCGAGGCCAGCUCUGACGCAGUUGGUCCCACAGAGAACAAGGACGAGGAUAAGGGCAAGGAAAAGGUCUCUGUGUAA